AUGAGUUCCAACAGUGACAAUUCCAGGCAUCCCGGAGAAGGAUCCAGAUCGUCCGAAAAUUUUCCCGCUGAAGAAAGGAUGGUUGAAGAUGGAGAAAGGAUGGUUGAACAUGAAGAAAGGACGGUUGAAGAUGGAGAAAGGAUGGUUGAACAUGAAGAAAGGACGGUUGAAGAUGGAGAAAGGAUGGUUGAAGAAGAGGAUUUAGGCAAUGGUUGGAAAUGCACAUCGGUAAAAAUACCAACUAAUAUCGGUUUGGUGUUAGAAGGGGAGGGAGAAUCCCAAAUGCUCUUCGUACAGACUACAAUGUAA